AUGGCUGUUAGCCUGGUCUGGGCUUCGUAUAGGGUAUCAAAGAAUGAGGAGGAGAAGAAGUCAUGGAGAUUUAUGGAGACUCAUCUAAGAACAAUUCCAAGUGACGCUUUUUCCAAUCUCCCCAACAUCUCUAGGAUCUACAUCUCCAUAGACGAAACACUUCAGAGUUUGGAGGCCCGUUCCUUCGACAGUUUAAGCAAAGUCACUCAUAUUGAAAUUCGAAAUCUUAGAAACUUGGAUUACAUAGAUCCAGAUGCCUUUAAGAACCUCCCACUUCUGAAAUACCUAGGUAUUUUUAAUACUGGACUCAAGGCAUUUCCAGACCUCACCAAAAUCUACUCAUCUGAUGUGAACUUUUUACUUGAAAUUGCAGAUAAUCCUUUCAUCACUUCAGUGCCUGCAAAUGCUUUCCAUGGGCUUUGUAAUGAAUCUCUAACUCUCAAACUCUACAACAAUGGUUUUAUGAGCGUCCAAGGCCAUGCUUUUAAUGGGACAAAUCUGGAUGCUAUCUAUCUGCACAAGAACAAAUACCUGGAAGUUAUCAAUGAUGAUGCAUUUCUGGGAGUGCACAGUGGACCAACUCUAUUGGAUGUCUCCAGAACAGCCGUUGCUAAUCUUCCAGCCAAAGGACUGGAAAGCCUUAAAGAACUAAUGGCCAAAAACACAUGGACUUUAAAAAAAUUACCAGCUGUAAAGAUAUUUCUUCAGCUGAUGCGAGCUGACCUAUCAUAUCCAAGUCACUGCUGCGCUUUCAAGAGCUGGAAAAAAAACAGCGGAAUCCUGGAGUACCUGACAUGUAACCAGAAUGACAGUCACAGCUUUCGUAAGAGAAGAUCAGUCAAAGCUGUCAGAGAUCCAUUUUACAAAGAUUAUGCAGAAGAAUACACAGACCACAUCAAUACUGUGGACAACAAAAACACCAAGUUCACAAAUUUUCAUGAAAAUUCCCAUUAUUACUUUUUUUUGGAAGAACAUGGAGAAGGAAAUCUUGGGUUUGGCCAAGAGCUCAAGAACCCCCAAAUAGAAGAUGUCCAGACCUUUGACAGUCAUUAUGACUAUCUGGUCUGUGGAGGCAAUGAAGAUGUCAUAUGCACUCCAGAGCCCGAUGAGUUUAAUCCCUGCGAGGAUAUAAUGGGAUAUCAAUUUCUGAGGAUUGUGGUGUGGUUUGUGAACCUGCUGGCCAUCCUAGGUAACAUUUUUGUCCUUUUCAUCCUUCUUACCAGUCAUUAUAAACUGACUGUACCACGCUUUCUGAUGUGCAACUUGGCCUUUGCUGAUUUUUGCAUGGGGUUAUACCUCCUCCUGAUCGCUUCGGUGGAUCUCUACACCAGGUCAGAGUACUACAACCACGCCAUAGAGUGGCAGACUGGACCUGGCUGCAACACAGCCGGCUUUUUCACAGUCUUUGCUAGUGAACUCUCUGUAUACACCCUGACUGUGAUCACCCUUGAGAAGAGUCGCCUGCUGCAUGCGUUGGUCAUCAUGCUGGGAGGGUGGCUCUCGUGUUUUCUUCUUGCCCUUUUGCCACUGGUUGGCGUCAGCAGCUAUAGCAAAGUCAGCAUCUGCUUGCCUAUGGACACUGAAACACCGGUGGCUGAAGCCUAUGUUGUCUUCGUUUUAAUAUGUAACAUUAUUGCCUUUGUCAUCAUUUGUGCCUGCUACAUAAAAAUCUAUGUAACUGUGCGAAACCCUCAGUACAAGUCAGGGGAUAAAGACACCAAAAUUGCCAAGCGGAUGGCUGUGUUGAUUUUCACUGACUUUCUGUGCAUGGCUCCCAUCUCUUUCCACGCUUUAUCUGCCAUUAUCAACAAACCAUUGAUAACUGUCACCAAUUCCAAGAUUUUGCUGGUACUCUUCUACCCACUCAAUUCUUGUGCCAACCCCUUUCUUUACGCUAUUUUCACCAAAGCUUUCCGAAGAGAUGUGUUUAUCCUGCUAAGCAAGUUUGGUAUAUGUGAGCAUCAGGCUCAAGUCUACAGAGGUCAGACAAUCUCAGCCAAAAACAGCAGCGGCUCUUAUGGGCAGAGAAUCAGCCGAGGGAUAGGGCAGAUUCUUACAAGCAUUCAAGACCCAGCCAAUGAUUACCUUCCUGCCAUGACAAUGCAGAACCAAAUUCUCAUGGAAGAAUGCAAGCAAACUGAGCUAUAA